UCAAGAACACUUUCAGAAGAAGAAAAAAGGGUUUCGAUUUGUGUUUGUUUCUCUUUCUCCUUUGAAGAUUUUAAAAAUGGCUUCAAGACCAGUAGUUCCCCAACAAAUCAGAGUCAAAGAAGAAGGCACAGACUCUCACCGCAGUCAUGACGGCUAGAAGCAAGGCUGCUUGUGGUGUAACCAAGAAACCAAAGGAACAGAUAAUUGACAUUGACGCAGCAGAUGUUGGAAAUGAGUUGGCAGAAGUGGAAUAUGUUGAGGACAUUUAUAAGUUCUAUAAGGAAGUUGAGAAUGAGAGUAGGCCUCAUGACUAUAUGGAUUCACAACCGGAGAUAAACACUUCAAUGAGAGCAAUAUUGGUGGAUUGGUUGGUUGAUGUCCACAACAAGUUCGAGCUUUCCCCCGAAACAUUCUACCUCACCAUCAACAUAAUUGAUCGCUUCCUUGCGAGGAAGGCAGUCCCAAGAAGGGAAUUGCAGUUGUUGGGUAUUGGGGCAAUGCUCAUAGCCUCCAAAUACGAGGAGAUCUGGGCGCCAGAGGUAAACGACUUCGUGUGCCUUUCAGAUAGAGCGUACACGAAUGAACAGAUACUAAUGAUGGAGAAAAGGAUACUUGGGAAGCUGGAAUGGACCAUGACUCUGCCUACUCCCUAUGUUUUCCUCGCUCGGUUCAUCAAGGCGUCGAAGGACUCCGAUCACGAGAUGGAAAAUCUGGUAUAUUUUCUGGCAGAACUUGGCAUAAUGCAUUACAACACCUCAAUAAUGUACAGCCCAUCAAUGAUUGCCGCCUCGGCAGUCUAUGCCGCUCGAUGCACGCUGAAGAAAAGCCCUGGUUGGGAUGAGACCCUCAAACUGCACACUGGCUUCACAGAGCCUCAACUGAUUGAUUGUGCAAAGCAUUUGGUGGGAUUCCAUGGAGCAGCAAGCAAGAACAAGCUUCAAGUAAUAUACAGAAAGUACUCCAGCUCCGAGAGGGGAGCGGUAGCGUUGCUUCAGCCACCCAAAGCUCUCUUGGUGGUGCCUCCUAAUGGUCAUUGAUGAAACAUUUGGUUGAAAAAGGUUCAUUUUUUGAUAUUUUUUUCAGGGGGGUUGGCUUUUUCUUUACUAAUAUCCAAAAGUCAGUCGAAAGCGGGGAAUAGAUUAACAAACAGUUCCAAAUUACCUUGAUUUGUCUCUGUCUAUAUUUUGUCUUAGCAAUAUAUAUAAAGGCAAGCAUAUAACAGGGGUAGUUUUUU